GACGUCACUCUGACCCGUACACUUCCAGCAUCACCCAAGAUGGCGGCCGUAGAGAGCGGAGAGAAGGAUCAUUGGAGCGAAAGUAUUAAAUAUGUCCUAUAAUACAAUAGUACAGUGGUAGUUCUGGUCAAAAACAACAACCCGAGGUAGUGUCAUUGGAGAUACUGUUCUUAUAUUGUAUAAAAUACGGAUUUUAUUGAGCCUUUAAAGAACAUAUCGUUCAGUCGCCACUGAUCGACCGCGGAGCCCCAAGCUACUGUGUCGUCACUGUGAAACCACUACACUCUAAACUACACUACACUCCACACUCUAAACUCUCCACAUCACACUCUAGGCAACAACACAACUACACACUACACUCUACAAACAGGUAUACUCUGCGGCACGCUCCUCCAAACAACACAGCCCUCUACUCCACACACGUCUUCAGUCUACACCCCCCCCAGGGGGGCGGUCAGGCAGGGUGGCCGCGCGGCUGGCUGCGUGGAGGGCCGGGCUGAUGGAGAGCGACUGCCGGAUCCCGAUGGCGUGUUUCAGACCGCGGGCCCUGGCUCUGCACGCCCUCUUCUGGGGCCUGGUGUCUCUCAGAGUGUUUGGGGCCAGUCUCCUGAGUGAAGAGAAGACCGCAGGUAAACAUCUCCUCACUUCACCUACAAGACAUACUACCAGGGCCUCGGACGCCCCCUGCUGGCAGCUGGAGGACUUUGUGGUGACGGUCGAGUGUUCUCAGUGCAGCACCAAGCCCUGGGCGGCCUGUGAGCAGACGGGCUACGUGGAGACGGUGAACUGCUCCAAGUCCAACAGAGAGGAGUACAAGAGCUGUCGCUCGGCCCUGAUGGAGGAGGUGCUGUUCUGGAGGAUGGAGGGGGUGGUGCUGGGCCUCAUGGUGCUGCUGGCGCUGGUGGUGGUCGCCCGCCAGCGGUCCCUGGACCGCCUCGCCUCCGAGAAGGUCCGCCGGCAGAUAGAGUCCAUCUAGAGGACCGGGAACCGGACCUGGACCAGAGCCAGGACCAGGACCGGGAACCUGGACCCGACCAGAGCCAGGACCAGGACCGGGAACCUGGACCCGACCUGAGCCAGGACCAGGACCGGGAACCUGGACCCGGACCUGGACCAGAGCCAGGACCAGCACCGGGAACCGGGACCAGGACCUGGACCAGAGCCAGGACCCAGACCAGGACCCGGACCUGGACCAGAGGCAGGACCAGGACCGGGAACCCGACCUGACCUGACCUGGAUCCAGACCGGGACCUGAACCUGGACCCGGACCUGAACCUGGAUCAGGACCUGGACCUGGACCUGGAUCAGGACCCAGACCUGGAUAAGGACCUGAACCCGGACAUUGACCUGGACCAGGAUCAGGACCUUGAUCAGGACCUCGAUCAGGACCUCGAUCCGGACCUUGAUCAGGACCUUGAUUAGGGGUUCUGGACUUCUGGAGGGGUCUGGACAGAUUGAACUACUACUUGCUGUGAACAGACCGGUCUAUAGACUGAGGAGGACUCUGAGCAGACCGGUCUAUAGACUGAGGACAAGGUCCGGUCUGGUGGUUCUGCACCACCUUUACCCCCUGCAGGUCUGCCCCCCUCGUGGUUUUCUUCAAAGCACAUUAAACCGACAGUAUUCCCAUGCAUCCUUUGCCGUCUUUAGUCCAGAACUAGUAUACGACUGGUCCCUAGGUCUGGUCUAGUCCAGGUCUCGUACCAGUUCUAGGUUACCGCUUCACGUCCACUGGUCCAGCGGUAACUAAGGGGUGAGGGCCGUUGGUGUUGAGGAGUCGACACUCACUGGUUACUCACACUACUAACUCACUACUAACUCACUGUUAACUCACUAUGUGCGUUAACAGUGAGUUAGUUAGAUUCAUCGCGGCGUACGUCUUCAAACCAUUCUGCCGUCGACUGCUUCUGGGAAUUUUAUGCAAAAAUAAAGAAUCAAAGUUUUAUAACAUGUCAAA